GGCUGGCUGAAUUGGAGGGGCCAUCUGAUGAUGGUUUUCGGGAGCUUUGACAGUAAGCACAGACGAGCAAUCAAAAGACGGGAAUAGCCGGGUUCAGAGAACCUCCCUCAUCCAAUGACGAAUUUUACAGUAGAGCAGCGACAAGUCUGACAGACAUCCCGGACACCAAAGGGGUCGUCGGGCGGGUCCGCUGAUAAUCUGAUGUGAAUGUGAUCGCCAAGUCGAUAACAUAGAAGAGACCGCAUCCGAUGACAGCGGAAAGAGGCUUGCCUGAUGCCUCACAGUUGCAGCUGUAUGAGACAAACGGGAAUCAGACGACGACGACGACGACAACGAUGGACGGCCAUACCAAAAAGGCAAGAUGACGGCCCGUGACAAACGGCAACCAACAGUCUUCCACGGGACGGAAACGAAAUUCUGUCAGUCUCUCACUCUCGGCGUGCAGCAUGGCUUGCUGCUUGUUUCUGUUCCGGCGGCCGACAUCUCUUGCGAUCGCUCUUUGUUCAAGGGAGAACUCCAUGAUCCAUUCCAAUAUCAAUUUAUCCAUCUAGCAAUGGGGAAUGGAGUUAAGAGGUUCUGGAGAUAUUGUCACUUGUUGACUGGUAGGCAAGUUCCGUUUCUAGCGCACAGUCAUCACAUGGGUGUUUGUUCAUUCAUGCUUAUGAUAGAUUUCGGAUGGAUUUGAACUCACGGCAUAUUUUUAAUUGAUCGCUGUGAUCGCGAUUCAUCGUGACUAGUGGCGUGACAGGAAGAAGGGUUGGAGGUCAGGAGGCUCAG